CCUCAGGUGAUCCCUUGCCUCAGUCUCCCAAAGUCCUGGGAUUAUAGGCGUGAUCCGCCACGGCUGGGCCUGACCGAGCCUUUAAUGCUCUUUGAAGUAACAGCGAAAUAGCCUGUUUCUCAAAUGGAGUGGUUCUAAAUUUCUGGUAGCCAAUGAGCGCCCAGGAACCGUGGAUUCCUCCCCGUGAGGCUCAAAGCUGAGCGGUGGGUGGAGCCAGCGGAGGGGUCGGAAUUGAGCCGUAGCCGCGGUACCUACUGUGUGCCGCGCGCCGCUGCCUGGAGCCGAGCUAUGAGCUGGACCUGUCCGCGUUGCCAGCAACCUGUUUUCUUCGCUGAGAAGGUGAGCUCCCUCGGCAAGAACUGGCACCGCUUCUGCCUGAAAUGUGAGCACUGCCACAGCGUCCUGUCCCCUGGCGGGCAUGCAGAGCACAACGGGAGGCCAUACUGCCACAAGCCAUGCUAUGGGGCUCUCUUUGGACCCAGGGGGGUGAACAUUGGUGGUGUGGGCUCCUACUUGUACAACCCCCCGACUCCCAGCCCUGGCAGCACCACUCCUCUCAGCCCCAGCAGCUUCAGCCCUCCCAGGCCAAGGACUGGCCGCCCUCAAGGCAAGAAAAGCCUUCCGCAUAUGAAGACAUUCACUGGGGAGACGUCGCUGUGCCCUGGCUGUGGGGAACCUGUCUAUUUUGCUGAGAAGGUGAUGUCAUUAGGGAGAAAUUGGCACCGACCCUGUCUGAGGUGUCAGCGUUGCCGCAAGACCCUGACUGCUGGGAGUCAUGCUGAGCAUGAUGGAGUCCCCUACUGCCACAUCCCCUGUUACGGCUACCUGUUUGGCCCCAAAGGUGUGAACAUUGGCGAUGUGGGCUGCUACAUCUAUGACCCAGUGGAGAUAAAAUUGAAUUGAGACGCUCACAGAAAAGGUCACCCUAACUCAGGCUUCUCAUCAUUCCCCUCAUGGUCCAAUGGGAGCUACAGAAAUCUCCAGUCCCAUGCAGGUUGGGGAAAGUGGGAUCCUGGGGGCCUGGUCAGAGGCUCCAUGGUAGGCCAGAGUCUAGACUUUCUCUGCCAAUUUUUCCCUUUCCCAUUUCUAUCUGGUUAGGGAAUAGCUCGUUUUGAAGGGUAUCCUCCUCCUGGCCAUCCCAACCCUUUUCCCCAGCAAAUUCUGGAGCUUCAAGGUACUCAUAAAACUUGUGUUUAUUGAAUUUCAGCCUCUCUGGCGUCUCCAAUAAAAUAUUGGCUCCCAUG